UAGAUUCGAGAGCGUCUUGGGCGGGCGGGCGCGUGUGCGUGUGCGCGUGCGCGGAGGACGGGGCGAGCCGCGCGACCCCGCUCCCCGCGCCCAUCGCGUUUCUGCGCUUGCGCCCGCACUCGCGGGCCCUGGGCUAGAGGCCGCGUGCGCUCCAGCUGCUUCCGGUGCGCCCUGGCUCGGGUCAUCGCAGCCAGUCCUCUGCCGCAGGGCUGCUGUCCUCGCGGGCUGGUAACCGCUUCCGCCACAGACUCCGCGUUUGCCUUUAGGCGAAGGUCCUCAAGCGACUUACACAAUAAUAUUGAUUAUAACAAGUUAUCGUAAUUCCUAAUAGCUAUGGAAAGCGUUUAGUUUAAAAAAACUUAAAAUCAGUUGACCCCGGGGUUCCCCCACACCCUACGUGUCUUAGGUUCUCCAACUUUCUUGCACAGAAGGAACGCUUACUGGGUUGCCCGAUGUAGAAAAUAAAUACGCAGGAUGCCUUGUUCAAUUUGAGUUUCGGAUAAAUGGAUUUUUUUUUGUUAUAAGUGUAUCCCAAAUUCUGCCUGGGACAUACUUAUCCUAGAGAAUUGUUCACGUAUUUGAAAUUCUCAUUGAACCUGUUCCCUGUGUUUUAUUUGGUGACUCUGCUUGCUUGGGGGGCGGUUUAUUAAAAAUUCCAGGUUCAGUCCUGGAAACUGUUUGAAACAAGCGUCUGCCCAGACUGGGAUCUGCCCCGAGACUGGAGCUUUGCCACCAGUCUGCAGCGGCCGAUCCUUCUGCUGAGGAUUCCCUUCCCUGCUGUGCCCGUCUUCCAGGCCUGCUGUGGGCCACCGCCUCCAUGAAGCCCUCCUGGAGUCUUCCCUCCAGUCACGCUGCUAGGUCGCCCGCGGAGCUGUAGGGCCCGUUUGUGAGCUGCGUCCCAGGCGUUUGCUCCCGGCAGCUCUGCAGCGGUGCUGCAGUGACGGAAUUCCUUUUCCACAGGGCCCCGAGGGGUUAGGACGCUUGUGCAAGGUCUCACGGCCAGGAGAUGUCAGAGCUGGGUCAGGCCUGGCCAAAGAUGGAGCCCGCCCCAGGAGUCUCGGAGCCACCCAGGAACGAGAGGGCCAGAAGCCCGGAGCGUGAGCCCUCGCUGUGGCAAGCCACGCCUGUCCUGUCCGAGCAGCAGAGCGGGGACGUGGAGCUGGUGCUGGCCUACGCUGCGCCCGUCCUCGACAAGGGCCAGACCUCGCGCCUGCUCAAGGAGGUGGCGGCCGCCCACCCACUGCCUGCCCAGCCCCACCUCAAGCGGGUGCGGCCGCGCCCGGCUGCCCUGGAGCUGCUGCUGUGCCUGGCAGGGCCGGCCCCGGGCUCGGGCUCGCGCUCGCUGGCCGAGCUCCUCCCGCAGCCAGCUGUGGACCCCCGCGGCCUGGGCCAGCCCUUCCUGGUGCGUGUGCCCGCCCGGCCCCCGCUGACCCGGGCCCAGUUCGAGGCGGCACGGGCCCACUGGCCCACGGCCUUCCACGAGGACAAGCAGGUGGCCCGGGCGCUGGCCGGGCGGCUCUUCUCCCCGCAGGAGCAGGCGGCCAUGCAGCGCCACAUGGAGCGGGCCGUGCAGGCGGCGCAGCGGGCGGCCGCGCGGGGCCUGCGGGCCGUGGGGGCCGUGGUGGUGGACCCGGCCACUGACCGCGUGCUGGCCACGGGCCACGACUGCCGCGGGCCGGCCAGCCCCCUGCUGCACGCCGCCAUGGUGUGCGUGGACCUGGUGGCCCAGGGCCAGGGCCGCGGCGCCUACGACCUGCGACCCCACCCGGCCUGCUCCUUCGCCCCGGGCGCGGGGGACGGCGCGGGGGACGGGGCCCCCUACGUCUGCACCGGUUACGACCUGUACGUCACCCGGGAGCCCUGCGCCAUGUGCGCCAUGGCGCUCACGCACGCCCGCAUCCGCCGCGUCUUCUACGGCGCACCCUCGCCCGACGGCGCCCUGGGCUCCCGCCUGCGCCUGCACGCCCGGCCCGACCUCAACCACCGCUUCCAGGUCUUCCGCGGUGUGCUGGAGGCGCAGUGCCGCACGCUGGACCCCGACACGUAGUGCAGCCGCAGAUGGGGGGCCGAGGCCGUUCCCUGAGGACUGGACUGUUGCGGGGUGGGGGUCUGCCUGGGCGGCCCACCCAGCAUGGAGCCACUCUGUAGCGCUGUUUCCUUCGGCCUUGGGUCGGAGCCCAGCACCCGUGUGGGGAAUAAACACGAUAAGCAAA